AUGCCACAACGCAGCUGGUUGCCCUUCCAACUGGAGGAGAAGAACAAAAAGUUGCUAAUUGUGACUGAAGAAUUUUGA